AUGUCGCUCAGACCACUUCUCAACCCGACAGACGAGGACGAUGGAGACGACUGGACAGAUGAUAUGCGGCGUGUUCGUCCGAGGCUCGAAGUGCCUGUUGACUGGGCUCUGAACCCAUCAGAGGACCACAUUGAUUCAAUCGUCUAUCCGACAGAUAUGUCGUUCAAUCAUUCCUUUGGCGACCAAGACUCAAUAUUUGUGGAUCAGCUUGAGCCUAUUCCAGGGCUAGAUGCCCCUCCCUUUGAUCAAAGCUCCUUUUUGCAGCCGGUGCCCGAUGAUGUAGGGUUGAGUGGUACAUCCAUGACAUCAACGCCUGGGAUGGACUUUACCGAUGGGCCGGCGGGUAGCGUUGACGUUUCGAUGGUGGAUGUCGCAUCCAGUGAGCAGGGAAAGCAGGUCUGCUAUGGGAUGCUCGUCCACGAGAAGGUUAAACUAGUUGGGAAAGGCCAAGAACUAGAGACUAAGAUCCUAGCACUCAAAGAGAAUAACCAGCAUAUUCACACCCUUAGCAUCCAACCAUCUGGCGACGGGUCACUCUUCCUCAGGUUUCCUGACGGCACGGAUCUAGGAUAUCUAUCGAGAAAGAUGGAGCAAGCGUUGGAAGCACUUAUUUGUUUGCCCUUAUUCGAGAUCGAUGCUCUCACCAAUCUCAAUUCGCUCGUUGAGUCCCUGCGUCGGGCUGGGAAGCCAGCUGAUGCGGCGACCCGCGUGAGCAUCAACGUUUAUGGAAGAGAGUCUGACCGCGAUGAAGUAGGCAGAGAGCUUUCAAAGAAGGAUCUCUUCCUCCAACACCCCGAUGACUGUCGUGUUGGGAUCAAAUAUGAUAAUCCACAUAUUCUACGGUUGGAUGGGAUGGAUGAGACAGACACCGAGGAUGACGAGGACGUAAACGAGGAGGGAGUAUUGGAAGCUACGCCUGAGCGGGACGAAGGCUUCGAUGAGACCAUUGCGGAGGUCUUCAAUUCGCUACAGCGAGGUGAUCAUCUUACUGAACUGGGAGGGAGCGAAACAUUGAACAGGACCUUAUACCGGCAUCAAGGAGAAGCGUUAGAUUUCAUGAUACAGCGAGAAACAGGCGAUAUCUCAGAAGACAAGUAUCGCCUCUGGCAACCAAAAUCUGUGGGCCGGGGGCAACUGUAUUGCCAUAUCAUCACUGGCAACGAGCAGCAAGAGCAACCUGACGAGAGUGGUGGAGGAAUCCUUGCUGAUGAGAUGGGCAUGGGGAAAUCCCUUACGACACUGGUUCUUACGGCAAAGACAUUGCGCGAAGCACGUCAAUGGGUAGAGACGAAGGCUCUACCAGGAGCUUCCCUUGCAGAGACACCUAGUCGAGCGACGUUAGUCAUUGUUCCCUCACGCGUGUUGAUUAACACCUGGGAGAGGGAGGUUGACGAUCACCUUAAUGGCGGCAUGAAGAUGAUGAGAUACCAUGGACGCUCGCGGAAGGAGCUAAUUAGCAACAUCGACCGAUAUGAUAUUGUCAUUACCACGUAUAACACCCUUGCAAAGGAGCAUGAUGCGAAGAUCCUCGGAAAGGGGCAGAGCCCGCUACAUAACUUUGCGUGGUAUCGAGUUGUCCUGGAUGAAGCCCACAUGAUACGUCGCCGUAGCACAACCUUUCAUAGGGCUGUGGUCGAACUGAGAGCCAGAUCACGCUGGUGUCUGUCGGGAACUCCUAUUCAGAACAGUUUAGGCGAUCUAGGCUCACUACUGGCCUUUAUACAGCUAAAACCUUUCCACGAUCCCAGAAACUUCAGUCACUGGAUAGCUAAUCCUUUUGGAGUCAGGGCAACCAAGCGGAAAGCAAUCGAAAGGCUCACACACCUUCUAGAAGCUGUCUGUCUCAGACGAACCAUUGAGCGUGUUAACCUGCCAGGCCAACGAUCAGAAUUACGCCGUGUGCAAUUUACUCCUGAAGAACGUGCUAACUAUGAGCUUACAAGAAAAGACAUGAAGCGAUUCAUCCACCAGCAGGCUGGGGAGCACAAUCAGCAAGCAGAGACAUUCGGCAUGUUCCAGGUCUUUUUGCAGCUAAGGAGCUUUUGCAAUCAUGGAACAUACCAGCCCCGGUUCUCUUGGGCGAAGAGGAACCUGCUGGAGGAUGAGCUGGACCCUGUCUGUUCGAUGACAAGGGAUAGCUUGAACCGCUGCUCAGGUUGCCGACAACCUUUGCCGGUUAUGCCACAUGGCAGGCAGCCAAAGUAUGUAGAAAGUUGCAAGCAUGUCCUCUGUGAUGACUGUUCGUGGGGCAGCAGCAUUCAGUCAGACCCAGAGGAGAGGCGCCACUGUCCACUAUGUGAAUCUCUUAGGGGAUCACGCUACCGUGGCCAUAUACCCACCGCGUCAAACCAGAGAAAUCGAAGCGACGCAGAUUAUCUGAACGCGGACGGUCACUCAUCCAAGAUGAGGGUGCUUAUAUCCGACGUGCAGAGGGAUAUAGGGGCAACCAAAAGUAUCAUUUUCUCAUGCUGGACACGGACCCUUGAUCUGAUAGCAAAGCAUCUGAAAGUUUCAAGUAUAGAAUUUGAGCGCAUUGACGGCAAAACACCAACAUCUCAGCGCCAAAAUAUCCUUGACAAAUUCGACGGCACCAGAGCGGUUCCCGUGUUGAUCAUGACAACAGGCACAGGAGCUUUCGGGUUGAACCUAAAAUCCGUCAAUCGGGUAUUCAUCGUCGAGCCGCAAUGGAAUCCUAGUGUUGAGAGCCAGGCUAUUGCACGCGCAAUUCGUCUUGGUCAGGAGCAGCAGGUUCUAGUCACCCGCUACCUUGUUGAGAACAGUAUUGAGGAGGCCAUGUGCUCUCAGCAAACGCAGAAAUUGAAGAUCAGCCAGAUGGAGUUCAGAAAGGACCUGGAAGCAUCUGCUGCUGGCGAUGAAGGAACAUCCGACUAUCCUUCAGCUAUGCAAUGA